AUGGCCGAUAUCAAAGCUGAAAGCUCAUCUCCGACGUCCGACAAGGCGAAAUACCUUCACCACUUCGAAGGCAUCCUGGUGGGCGACAUGUUCGAAGAGUCGCGGCUUCGAUCAGCCUUUGGUUACGAGCCCAGGGAGGAGGACGUGUUCGUCGUGGGCCUCCCGAAAACAGGCACCACGUGGCUUCAUUUCGUGCUGCAGCGCAUCGUGAACCAUGCGAGCGAAACGCCCGCUCAGAGCGCCGCGACGUGCUUGCCUAACGUCGCCUUCCUGGAAUUCGCUGGUGGCGAGAAGGUUGAGAAGUUAUCCAGGAUUCCGGGACUACCACUGGUGAUCAAGACGCAUCUGCCCUUCGAGAAGGUGCACUUCUCGGACAAAUCUAGGUACAUAAUGACGUGGGAUGACGAGCAAAAGUUCCGCGCCAUCGGGCUGCAAUUCGCCGCGUUACAAAACAUUGUCUUGAAGCAAGAGCACGCUCAGUGA